AUGCCUUUUCCGUUGGAAGCAUCCCCAAAUCAUUACUACCAUUGGACACCCACAGGACAAUAUCCACAAUUUCCAUCGGCUGCACAUCAUAUUCCACCGGCAGCUUCACAUGACCUAAAUGGCUAUUUGGACAAGCCCUCCCAGAAAAGGACAGCGCUAGGCACUCAAGUUUACUUGCCAAAUUAUGGAAUGAAGUACAGGAGCAGUAAUCCAUCACGAGGAUUUCAGGGGCGCCACCCUCAGAAACCCAGGCCAAUUGUAGAUCAGCUUCACAAUCAACCAGUUACAAAGAAAUUUUCCCCGCCGGAAGGAGAGAUUGCACCAAAGUCCAUUCCCACAAUUCAUGCGAGUGAAUUUCCACCUCUCACGGGCCAGAAAGACGAAGAAAAAGCACCUGGGACUGUCACUCAUAAUUCAUGGGCUUCAGAAUCUGAUUAUCGGAGAGCUUUAAAGAAACCCCAACUUGCAGACUAUCUGACAAAUAACAAAUUCAAAUAUUCAGAGAAAUCUGGCAUCAAUACGCAGCUCCCGGGAUCGCCAGCUGCACCCAAGGCAUCUACCCCUUCCCUUUAUGAGCCCACAAAUGAUGGCAAAGCACAACAAAAAAACUUUCAAAAACCUGAGUUUCCAGUCAAAGACCGUGCAACAGCUUCCAGAAUUGAUCAGGGGUCAGUGUCUCAAGAUAAUCUCAAAGAAUUUCCGCCUCUGAGAAGUAUUCCAGUUCCAGUUGGCCACACUGCAGAACUUCCGCCUCUAGAUAAUAAGUAUCACUAUCUAGAGGCAUUGAUGCAGCAAAAACAGCCGCACGAGGAACUUGAUCAAUCUUCAUUGCUUCAAAAGCACUCUGCAGAAUAUCCGCCUCUGAAAAGUAUUCCAGUUCCAGUUGGUCCUACUGCAGAACUUCAGCCUCUCGAUAAUAAGUUUCACUAUCUAGAAGCAUUGAGGCGGCAAAAACAGCCGCACGAGGAACUUGACCAAGCUCCAAUGCUUCAAAAGGACUCGUCAGAAUACCCGCCUCUAAUGAGUCUUCCAACUGGUCCUAAGGCAGAACCUCGGCCCGGUGAUAAUAGUUAUCUGGAAGCAUUGAAGCAUCAAGCGCCAUUGCGCGAAAACCUUUCUCAAACUUCUUUGUUUCCAAACACUUCUGAAGAAUACCAGCUUCUGUCAAAUAUGCCGGUCGGUUCAAAAUCAUAUGUACCCUCUGUUCAGGAAGCCGCUAAGUCUUCACCAGUCAAGCAAGUGGUAGAAGAGUUCAAUGAUUCAAGAAAAGUUGCUCUGAAAGAGGGCGGGAAUUCAGAACCUUUUCCACCUGACUCAUUAAAUGGUCUGCCACCUUCGUCUAAUCAAUCUGCACCAGUAGCUUGGAGCCAUGUGGCUUCGCAACCGCCACAUUUAAUUAAAGGACCCAAUCCUGCUGUCCAAACUGUUACUUUGGACACCACUCAGGCUCUGAAACACACGCCAACUGGGCACCAAGAUAAUUUUCCAAAUGAUACCAAAAGCUAUGCCUCAGCAGUCAAGAAGGGAAGUAUUAGAAAGAAGCUAGUGGUUUUAGGAAAAUUCUUUGAGAUGAAAUCUACUCCUCUGAAAGCAGGUCCGCCUGCCGGUUCCACUUUUGGGGGAGCCGUGAAUGUGAAUCCCACCCAACCUUGGGAAAGUCUAUCAACAGUGCACAAGGAACCUAUCUCCACUGCACAACCCGUGACAACUGAUCCUAAAAGUUCUCUGAAAAGAGUGGAGAAUGAAAAUAAAGGACUGACUUCAGAUGAUGACCCUUAUAUAUCACAAUUAAAUAAAGUGUUACCAGCAGCUGAUGAGAAUAUCCAAAGGCCUGUGUCUUCAAAAGAAACAUCAAAAGCAGUACCUUUUUCUCUUUGGGGAAUUCCAUCAGCUGGACCUGCUUUGGGAAAACCCACAACUUUGGAUCCCAAUCUUUCUCCGGAAAGUAUUUCCACUUCAAUUAAAGAACCUAUGUCUGUUGUUCAACCUUUGGCUUCUGAAUCUAAUCAGCCUCUGAAAAUUGAGGAAACUGAACACCAAGGAUCUAGUAUUGACAAGCAAGCACAACCACCAGCAGUAAAUAAAAUACCUGAAUAUGUCAAGAAGCUGAGGAAUGGCAUUUUAAGACAAAUCUUGAGAAAUGAAUGUUUUCCUCUUUCCAAAAUCCCGCAAGCUCAGUCUAAGCUUGAUACCAAUAAUGAGAGGAAUGUGUCUUCAGCAAAACUGUUGAACUUAUUAUAUCUUCCUCUCUCAGAAAGUCUAUCAGGUGGUCCAAUUGCAGACAAAGAAGUUGCUUCCAAUGAAAAGACCUACCUUUCAGCAUUAAUUAGCCAACCAGAACAGUUUUUCAAGACACGAGCGUUUGUCUCUCUCAAGGAACACUUGAAUAUGCCAUCUUUCCGUCUCUCAGAAGAUCCACCAGCUGGUUCUAAUGCUUGUGAAGCCCAGGCUUCAGUUCCUGAUCAGAUUUUGGAAACUGAACUGAAUGGUCCUAACCCGCAGGAUCCUGUGGCUGAUGACCUUAAUGAGUCUCUGAAAAUUGCAAACCCGGCUCCAGGGCCUGAUGCUCAAGAAUCUGAAUCUUUGGAGCCCAAUCCAUUUUCAUUUGAGAGGGAACCGCGUGAACAUGGGAUUGAUAAUUGGAAUUACCAAUACCAGCACAUUCACAACAUUCUAAGUCAAAUUGCAACCAAUUCAGAAAUCACAGAGGAAGAGCUUGAAGACAUUUUGCCUAAAGAGCUUGAAGAUCUUUUGCCUAAAGAGCUAAUUGAUAUCCUUGAUUCCCCUUCCAUGUAG